AUGAAAGGAACAAUGAACGAUGCUGUGUCACAUCCUCAUUGUAAGCAAAUGUCACCAUCUACUCUAGGAUAUCCAAAUGAGCCUUGCAGAAGCAAAACCUACCCCAUGUUUAACUACGCAUCUAGUUCAUUUUUCCUGGUCAGAAAUGAACUGAAACGUAAAAGUAACACUGUUUUGAUGGCAUUUCCACUGAAACGCAGAGGUGUAAUUUGUAAUUUGGGGAUGAGCGGUUCUCUAGCUAUUUAUACCCUCUAUGUUGACGAAUAUGAUGUUGCCAGUGCCAGUGGCAGUGCUCUCACAACAAAUCUCUACUAUCGGACAAUCGAAAUCGCCAACCUGACAUAA